GUGUGGGCGGCCCCGUGAGGAGAGAGCGAAACACGACACCCGAGAGAGGAACCGGGGGGGAUGAGAAAGAGUAGCCACAGAGUACAGAAUGUUAGCGACUGGAGGAAGAAAGAAAGUCUAAAGAGAGGACGACUGCUAUUCUACAGAACGGUUAUUUUAGCGACAAUAUGUCAAACAACGGGGAUGAUGCGAUUGAGAUGGAGUAAACAACAACUCGACAGUUCGUGAAAGUAUAUGCAAACAAGGAAAGAUACGGGUUUUCGGUUCGUGUGCUUGUCGGGACGGUUGACCGUGUUCCGCUGCAACUCGAACAGGACAAGGCGAAGUUGCCGUGGGACAAACAGCAGUGAACUACAUCAACUGACUGCGAUUCGGGGAAAGUAACGUUACCUCGAUCGCUACAGUUGGGGAAGGGUGUUUUGGGAAAGAAAGUGGAAGCAAAGGGGCCCGCGAGUGGAGCAACUGUGAAAAGUUUAACGUUAGCCUGUUCCCCCCUUUUUCCAUUCCGAACCAAAGGAAGGGCUCAGAGGGAGACGACUUUUCUUUCCACAAACGCUACUGAUUUGCGACUCAUCAAGCUCGCUAGCUAACGUUAACUAGCUUGCAACACUCAACAUGAAAACCCCCGGAGAUUCGGGGUUUGCCUUUCCAGACUGGGCCUACAAACCCGAGUCGAGCCCCGGCUCGCGACAGAUCCAGCUGUGGCACUUCAUCCUGGAGCUGCUGAGGAAGGAGGAGUACCAUGAUGUCAUCGCCUGGCAGGGGGACUAUGGAGAGUUUGUCAUCAAGGACCCUGACGAGGUGGCCCGGUUAUGGGGGGCCCGCAAGUGCAAACCCCAGAUGAACUACGACAAGCUGAGCAGGGCACUCCGGUAUUACUACAACAAGAGAAUCCUCCACAAGACCAAAGGGAAGAGGUUCACCUACAAGUUCAACUUCAACAAACUGGUCCUGGUCAACUACCCUUUCAUAGACAUGGGCUCCACAGGUAGUGGUGUUCCUCAGAGUGCUCCACCUUUGCCUUCCGCAGCCGGAACUCAUUUCCGCUUCCCACCCUCCACGCCGUCCGACAUGCUUUCGCCCAAUGAGGACCUGCGUAGCCCCGGGGGCGUGUUCAGCGCCGUGGCUCGGCGCAUGGCUCGCGGCUCGGUCAGCGACUGCAGCGAUGGGACCUCCGUCAACUCUGAAAUUGAGGACGGCAACGGGGUAGGAGGGGAGGAGAGGGGGGGAGAGAGAGGGCUGAGUGGAGGAGGAGGCCCAGGGGGAGGAGGAGGAGGCCCAGGGGGAGGAGGGUACAGGAGUAUGAUCCACCCCCGUUUGUCCCAUGAGUCUCUGUUCAGGAUGUAUGGCGGAGCAGGGAACCCCAACGCCCACCCAGGCUCCCGCGGCCCCCUGGGACACAGGGUCCACCCCGACAACCUGUCCCCCUUCCCCGUGUCCCCCCUGCCCGGCCCUGGGGGUGCAGGGCUCUUAGCCCCACCUCUGUCCCCAGCCCUGUCCUUGACGCCCUCCUCCCACCUGCCCUACACUCCGUCCCCCUCCCUCUCCCCCAUGCUGGGCUCCCACUUCUCCUUCAACCCUGAGGAAAUGAAGCGCUACCUGCAGGCCCACCACCAGAGUGUCUACAACUACCACCUCAGCCCCAGAGCCUUCCUCCACUACCCCAACGUCAUCAUUCCUCAGCCACACCGCCUCGCCCAAGACAAGAGAGAACUGGGCGAGAGGGGGGGAGCAGAGAGAGGAGGAGAGAGGGGGGGAGGAGAGAGAGAAAGAGGAGAACGCUCAGGUCUGAAUAGUCAUCGACACCCAUCACCCCUGUCCCAAUCACACUCUCCUCACCCUCACUCAGCCCACCCUCACCCGCACUCAGCCCACCCCCACCCUCACUCGGCCCAUUCCCAUUCCCACCCCCACCCCAUCCACCACCCACUGCACCUGAGUGAGGAGCCGCCUAACCUCUCACCCUUCAAGUUCAAGCUGCAGCCCCCUCCAUUGGGCCGGAAGCAGAGGGACGGUAGCCAGGGCCACCACCCCAGGCAGAGCUCACUGUCCUCGGGCUCAGGGUCCCUGUCGUCCUCCGGUCUGGGGUCCUCCCUGUCCUUCGGCAGUGACCUGAGCUCAGCCGGCGGGUCAGGACUCAUCUCCAACUCCUCCUCCACCGGCUCCCUCAACAGCACUGGGCUGCCCAAGAUCAAGGUGGAGCCCAUCUCAGACAUUGAGUCAGAAGAGGAGGUGGAGGUGACUGACAUCAGCGAUGAAGACCCUGACGACCGGGGCGACGAGUACGACCUCUUCUCCCCCCGACACCCCCGGCCUCACCCCCACCACCCCAACGGGACGUCCUCCCACCCCCACCCCCACGAUGAGGACCUGGAUGAGGAUGUCUUCAAGGCCCCCGCGCCCCCUCCUCCAGGCCUGCUGCCCUUCUUCACCUCCCACCACCACCGCGGACCUCCCACCCUGAAGAGUGAGCCGGCCGAGCCAGGCGACACCCCCCCUCCCCAGUCCCCCACCCAGGGGCAGACCAAGUGCAUUCCCCUCAAGCUGCGCUUCAAACGGCGCUGGAGCGAAGACCAACGAAUGGAAGCCAUGGAAGAGCAGGAUGACAAGAAAGUAAGAGGGGAGAAGGAGAGGGAAAGAGAGACGGAGAGGAAUGGAGGGAUGCAGGAGAACGGGGCUGGCAGCGCCCCCAGUCCCCCAGCCCUGGGGGGGUAUGAGUGUUCCCUCCUGUCGGCUCAGAGGGGGGUGAACCAGGACCUGCACCAGGCCACCGCCCAACUGUCACUGGAGAACAAGGACUGCUGAUGCUGAUCCACACACACAUAGGGAUACAUACAAACACUAAUGCUAGCAGACAGUGGUGGUUUAGGACAGUGUAAAUGACUCCUGUAGUCCUCCUGCCUCUCUGACAGACAGUUCUCUCCUAACUCAAACCAAACCUGGGCCUAAUCAAACUCCAAACCCUGAUGCAGUCCACACCCUCCUCCCAAAGCCCUUACCUCCUACUGUAACGAGACCCCUCCCUUAGAGACUGUUGAAGAAAAGAGGGGAGAGGGGACUUUUGGUCCAAGCAAGCCCAGUGACUUAAACCAGGGGAAGAACCAGAGGGGUUGCUACUCUCUGCUUGUGUCUGGAUGGAACCCCCAAGCCAGUUUCCUGUCCAGCCCACCGUCAGCCUCAUAUCCAGCCUCCAGCCCACCACUGCCCCACAUAUCCUGACCCAGCUCUUUUGCCUCACCUUUCCUGCCUUCUGGCCCCCCCUCUAGGGUUCGAGUCUGUCUUUCUCCUCAGGGGACCCCAACUCAGACAGCCCAGCUCCACAGCCCUGCAGACAUGGAGGAUGAGAUUUCUCCCGUUUUAUUUUUGUAUAGAGAUGAAGACGGGGCUUCUACAAGUGCCUGUACCUGCAUCAAACACACACACAGAGACAGAGAGAGAAGACCGAGAGGAGGAAAGCAUGGGUGGAAGAGUAUGACCCUGAAGAAGGCACAGUGAUGCCGAAACGUUGGUGAUUUACCCAUUAAAUGACCGGGAGUUUAUACAUAGUGUGCGACUCUCUCUAUUAUUUGUGUAAUAGUAUCCCCCCUCUUCUUACCCACAACAGACACACAGGAAAGUUGGGCUGCCGAUUGGGGGCUGUGGGACCUAGUCGUGGUGAACUGGCAAAGACUCCUCCUCGAAACACUGGCCACUCCACUCAGGGAUGCCACAGACACACACACACCAGCUGCUGGUGAAAAGGUAUCAGUGAACAGGACUUUGGGACAUGGAAACUUUGCCCUUGGACUGCUACUUAAGGGUACUGCUUUUCAACACACACUUUAUUUCUCUCUAACACUUCUGUCAUCACUUUUGUACUUUCCUGUCUUUCUGUAAUCUUUUCUCUCUCUCUCCACCUUCCUUCCCUUGCUUUUGUGGACCAUGCCUGAACGAUCAUGAUCUAAAUGAGAGAAGGGAUGGGGUGGAGGAUAAACGGAGGGGGGAGGGAGCAGUGGCUCGGUUGUUAGAUGACAGAGAGGAACAGUGAGGGGACCAUUGGGAGGGGGAGAGAGCUCUCCUAUGGAAAAGGAGAGUGAGGGGUCCAGUAUCUUUUAACUGUUAGCUUAGCCUAGCUUAUCCUAGCUUAGCCUUGUCUAUCCCAUGGCUGGGCAGAAGCAAGGGCCACCUGCACAGAAUCCUAGUUCACCAGCUCCACCCAAACCCCUUACUCCUGUUCUAUCAACCAUAGUCUCAUAGUGUUAACUAAACCAGCAGAAACCGCCCACAACACCAUAUAUGCAAGCACACCUGUACACACACACACACACACACACACACUGCCUCUCUAUGCCUUGUUUUAUAGCGUGUUUUAAACUCUUUACAAGAGUCUUAGUAAAAAAUAUAUAUAAAGCGAAAAAGUCCAACGGAGAUAUGCACAGUCAUAUAAACUAUAUAUUUAUACACUGAACAAAAAUAUAAAUGCAACAUGUUAAGUGUUGGUCCCAUGUUUCAUGAGCGGUAAAAGAUCCCAGACAUUUUCCAUACACACAAAAAGCUUGUUUCUCUCAAAUUUUGUGCACACAUUUGUUUACAUCCCUGUUAGCGAGCAUUUCUCCUUUACCAAGAUAAUCCAUCCACCUGACAGGUGUGGCAUAUCAAGAAGCUGAUUAAACAGCAUUAUCAUUACACAGGUGCACCUUGUGCAGGGGUCAAUAAAAGGCCACUCUAAAAUGUGCAGUUCUGUCACACAACACAAUGCCACAGAUGUCUCAAGUUUUGAGGGAGCGUGCAAUUGGCAUGCUGACUGCAGGAAUGUCCACCAGAGGUGUUACCAGAGAAUUCAUGUUAAUUUCUCUGCCAUAAGCCGCUCCAACGUAAUUUUAGAGAAUUUGGCAUCAGGUCCAACCGGCCUCACAACCGCAGACCACGUGUAUCGCGUCGUGUGGAUGAGCAGUUUGCUGAUGUCAAUGUUGUGAACAGAGGUGCCCCAUGGUGGCGGUGGGGUUAUGUUAUGGGCAGGCAUGAGCUACGGAAAACGAACACAUUUUAAUUUUAUUGAUGGCAAUUUGAAUACACAGAGAUACCGUGAUGAGAUCCUGAGGCCCAUUGUUGUGCCAUUCAUCCACUGCCAUCCCCUCAUGUUUCAGCAUAAUGCACGGCCCCAUGUCGCAAGGAUCUGUACACAAUUCCUGGAAGCUGAAAAUGUCUCAGUUCUUCCAUGGCCUGCAUACUCACCAGACGUCACGUGUUGAGCAUGUUUGGGAUGCUCUGGAUCAAUGUCUUCGACAGCGUGUUCCAGUUCCCGCCAAGAUCCAGCAACAUUGCACGGCCAUUAAAGAGGAGUGGAACAACAUUCCACAGGCCACAAUGAACAGCCUGAUCAACUCUAUGCUACCUUUUUUUUAAGGUAUCUGUGACGAAUAGAUGUUUAUCUGUAUUCCCAGUCAUGUGAAAUCCAUAGAUCAGGACCAAAUGUAUUUCAAUUGACUGAUUUCCUCAUAUGAACUGUAACCCAGUAAAAUCUUUGAAAUCGUUGCAUGUUGCGUUUAUAUUUUUGCUCAGUAUAUAUUAUAUAUGAAAUUCCAAACUGAUAUAAAAAACUAGAACAACAAAGCAUUUAAUGAAAUGACAGAUUCAUGAUGUUUUUGUAAGUGAUUCGUUCUGGUAGGCGAGGGGAGAGAAUAUCCUGUUUUAGCAGGUAAACUUCCUAAUGGGAGGGAGACAACAGGAUGGGUAGGAGUUCAAAUGUUUUGUUAUGACCAAGGGACAACAAACGACACAGGAUGGACAGACAAAAUGAUGAAAAUAAUGAGAAUCAUGAAAGAACUGCAUUGUAGUACACUGAAUAUGCAGCAGUUGUCCUUUAAACAUGCCUAUUCUAUCUGCCAUCACGGUCCGCUACUCCCCCUCAGCUUGUAGAAGACCUGACCACCGUCACCUGUCCCCAGUCUCCCUCUGGGCUGGUCUCACCUUGAUAGUGCACCUCUAUGGGGACCUCACCUCACUAAUGGACCUCUCCUCAACUCACCUCUGGGCCCAGUGGGAGUGAAUGAGCUCAGGGUUAGCCAGACCUGGGGAUUUUAGUCGAUGAGAAAUCCUGUCGUUUCUCAGCUCCACCCAGUUAGGCCGGUUAUCUAAAGCGGACAGUUUACUUAUCGUGACUGGAUCGGCUAUAUUCCCAGCAGGUUGGUGGAGGCUGAGGUUAAUGAUUGCUGUACAGAUAACAAUGGAGGCUGGAAAGAUGACGUGAGACUUCACCUGAAAUACCCUGCCCACUAUCUCAAACACACACAUACACAGACUCACAUUUCCAAACCCCUCCCACACAUUCUGCCCGCACUGUUUUGCUGCUUUGACAUCCUGGAGCAUUAGAGGUCUGGAGACUGGGCCAAACAGCCCUCUGAUUGGCUCAGGGAAAUCAAAGACUUGACCAACUAGUAAGAACUAGCAGGGGCCUCUGGGAUGGCAGGCCUCCAGACUGGCAGGUGUGUGGCUGAGCAAGUCACAAUCAUCGGACUGCUGUUAUUGUCCAUCCUGGUGGUGUUGUAUAUCUGACCACACACACACACUCUCUGUCCACCUCCUUCACCUCCACCUCACCCUGUGUCUAUUGAAACUGACAGCUGCCUUAUAAACUACUCAUCAUAUCUAAGCAACAGACUGGGCAUUAUUCUGCUUGUUCUCUUUUGUAUUUUUCACUCUUCAUCCCUCUUUCUCUCUAUUGCCAGCAUUGUCUGUCUACCUGACUGUUAACUGCAGUGUGAUCUUUUAUCAGGAUGGUGUGGGAUGCGAAUACCCAGGUCUCAUGUCUGAGUCGGCAGUCAGGAGAGGUUUAGAGAAAGUGUAGAAGGAUAACAUUUCUUUAGCAAAGUUUAAAAAUACCCUCAACGUUUUUUUCCUUUCUGAUGUCAAUAUUGCUGUUUAUUAUUGUUAUUCUUAUUGUUAUGGUUGGAUUACUUACCUCCCAUCCUUCUCAUUAUUAGUCCAUGGUUGAGUUCCUACUCCUUUAGGGUUGUUGUGAACUGUACAUCACACUGUCAUAGUGACGUAGACCUCUCCUCCAUGCUUCUGUUAUGACCCCCUACCAGCUCCCGCCCCCUCAGUCUUUCAUGUGGUUUUAACAUUUGUAAUAUAAACUAAAAGUGUAAUAUUAAUUCUGAGAGGGGUUGUUAUGGCGACAGAGAAGAGGUUGGCAGGGGGAGGAUUUUAUUGGGGAGGGAGGGUGGAGGGGGAUACGUAUGAUUUGAUCUUGUCAUUUCUAUUUUACAAUGUUACUUUCUCUCUUGGUCUUGUAUAUUUUUUUCAUUUUGGGGAUUGUUUCAUUUAAAAGAAAAAAAGAUUUGUAUUGUUUUACUGUGUAAAGGUCUCCCUCCCCUUCUAUGCGGUUAUAUGACACUCAAACAGAGAUGAGAUUUAAUACCAUGAUGUAACAUUGAAUUUCUCUUUAAUUCUUUUGUGUUUGUUUUUCAAACUUGUAAUUGGGGUUAAUUAAAACUGGUUAAAAAUA